AUGACGGCGGAUCAGGGGUAUGGACGCCAAUUUGGGCGGACGAGGGAGAAUCUUUCGACCUCGGCUCCCGGGCCCAAUGGCGAAGGCGAAGCCAGACCUGAGAAGGAGACAACGAGGAAGCCAGCGAAGGACGAGAAGGUUGAGGUCACGCAAUCAUCACAAGUCUCACCACGACGGUACACCGACCCUUCACAUACAGCAUCCCCAGUGGCGGCGCCGCUCUCGCGGAACCCAUCCGAGACCUCAACAGCAUCAUCAAGUCCGACCCCCGAAAGCCGGAGAUCUCCUUAUCAACCCCUCGAGCCCCCAGUUACCAAGACAAGUCUGAGCGAGCUCGAGGUCUCAAAAAUCAUCAACAACCCAAAGCUAAGGCACGAUAUCAAUUUUGACCCUGAGCUACACUUUAGACCCAAUGUGGAAGGCGACAAGGGGCGAAGGAAACACGACCGCGCAAGUGUUUUCUGGACGAAUCUGAAGGAACAACUGGUCGAGUUCAUUGUGGAUCGCCCAAGCUUUUAUGAAAAGUACGGAACGGGAGACGAUUGGUGCUUGCCAAAGCUUCUGAAGUCGGUCAAGGAAAUCAUUCAAACUUUGGUACCACAGCGGGACCGCCAGUUUCUGGAUGAGGGCCUCAACGUUGAUCUCUUGAUGCAACAAUUUCACCGAGGCAUUGCUGAUCUUGAGAAGCUCGCCGGGUGGCUCUCACGGGUCCUCAAGUCACACUGCGCACCUAUGCGGGAUGACUGGGUCGACUCGAUGCACAAGCAACUCAGCAACGGAAACCGAAACAAUGACGUGGAUGAGCUUGUCAAUGGCAUGCGAAGUCUACUCAGCGUUCUUGAGGCAAUGAAGCUGGAUGUUGCAAACCACCAGAUCCGCUGCCUUCGACCGGCCCUCAUUGAGGAGACGACAGCCUUUGAGCAAAAGUUCCUGAUGAAGAAGCUCAGAAACCGCAAGAUGGAUAUUGGCGAUGCGAAGCCUUGGUACCAGGAGGCAGCUCAGACGUACCCAGCUGGAGCUGGAUCCAUGUCGUCUCAUUUCGGCGACAUGGGUGUCUUCUUUGAAGGACUCUCCCGAUCAAUGCUUCCUUCUGCCGGCGAGAAGCCGCUGCCAGGAACUUUCUUCUUCGACGAGGAUCGACUAGGCAGGGUUCGGUCCGACAUCCUCGACGCAAUCAACCUCGACGUGUGCAUGCGCAUGUUUGAUGAUCUUGAUCGGGUUGCACGAUGCAAUCUGGCCCCCGCCUUUGCCAGCCUCGGGUCAGAUGACGACCUGCCCAUGUCCUUGAGCAAGGACGGUCACGAGUUCAACUUCAACACUCCCCCCUCCAUCUCGCGACCUGCAAGCGUUGCUCUUAGCUCGGCUGGUUCGGCUGCGUCAUCACCGCGAUCUUCCUUGGUCCUCCCUUCGUACCUUGCAUUGGAUACCAACGAGAGCAAGACCAAGGCCCGAAAUGUCCGCGAGUCGCUGGUUGCUCUGCUCCAGCAGGCGCCCCAUGAUACCCACUACCAUGAGAAGUGGCGAAACAUGGCCCCCUCGCUGGCCCUCCAGAUCUUCCGAUUUACCAAGGCACCUAUGGAGAUGCUCCCUUCGUUCGAAGACAAGCUGACAGAGAACGUUUGCAACAUGUCUUCUCCCAUGUAUCAAGAGAUGGAAGAGGCCUACCGCAGCCGACUCUUGUCUGAGCUGGCUACUCGGGUCCGCUACUUCAAGGCACUCUCAGGUGUUUGCCUGUUCUCGAUUGCUACGGGCAACCGGGUACCAGUCAGCAGCCGCAGCCUUGACGCUGGACGAGACCGAGAACUAGAUGCGGCCAUCCGCAUGGGUCAGCAGGAGGGAGGCAUCGAGGACAUUGCUACGCGCAUCGCUCAUGUCGGCGUUGUUCACUGGAGGAUCUGGUCCCGGAUGGCCUACAUUGACGAAGACGACAUGUCGAUGGACUAA